AUGCACGUCAACUAUGCAGCUUUCCGAGCAGCCGAACGUGCUACACGUCACUAUUUAACUAGCGCUCCACAGUUGGAGCUCGCUGUGGGCAGUUGUGAGAUGCUACUACAUCCAGAAAAGCAGAAACCGAUGAACAGAACUCAAUUUUUACUUCAACUAGAUUCCAGUAUCGUGUUUAACAGCAGCAAUUUGAAUCGAGCAGAACGUCAGGAAGAAGAACCAGACAGUUGUCCCCCGGAAAUAAAAUACCUCUCGAGAGAUGUACCUUCUGUGGUUAACGUGUGUGCAUCAGAGUUAUAUUUUACCACUGAUAUUGAACUUCAAAUUUACUCAUUCACUUUGGCCGCUGAUUCAGACCGCCCGACGAAAAGAGUCCAGUCAAGUCGACACCGGUCAUUGAUUUCAGAAGUAGUUUUGCUUAAUGUCAGACCAACCGCUCGCAUGUCAGGGAUCCGCGCUCCUAUUCGUGGCAUUCCAAGUCAUCUCAGCCACUUACCUAGUUAA